GCGAAGACCGUUGUCGAAAAGAAAAAAAACCACAAAAUUUCUGAAGUGACAGUUACAAAGCAAUUCUAAAAGUUCUCGCUACUAAGUCAAUACAUUUGUCAGUGAAAUUAAAUCUAUUAAAAUGCGAUUAUUAUCAUCAUUAUUGUUAAUAGCAGUCUUUUUAAAUAUUACGGAAGCACUGCGGAAUUUUAUAAGAGGCAGAAGUAAAGAUGGAUAUUUAGGUACAUUGCUUUUAAGCAAAGAAUAUAAAAGGCUUCCUAACGAACAAUGGUUUACCCAAAUGCUUGACCACUUUAAUCCAACCGAUGCACGUAUUUGGAAGCAGAGAUAUUUUCAAAAUUCUGAAUAUUAUAAGCCUGGUGGCCCUAUGUUCCUUUUAAUUGGUGGCGAAGGAACAGCGACUGCCAAGUGGAUGGUCGAAGGACAAUGGAUCGAAUAUGCUAAACAAUUUGGAGCUAUGUGCUUUCAACUUGAACAUCGCUUUUAUGGAAAAAGUCAUCCAACUGCAGAUAUGAGUGUGAAGAACUUAGUUUAUUUAAGUUCAGAACAAGCGCUUGCAGAUAUAGCAUAUUUUAUACAAAAUAUAAAUGAUAUUUAUAAAGUAACUAAGAAUACAAAAUGGAUUGUUUUUGGAGGUUCAUAUCCUGGAUCAUUAGCUGCAUGGAUGCGAGUUAAAUACCCUCAUCUUGUACAUGGGGCUGUUUCAAGCAGUGGUCCUCUUCUUGCACAAAUUGACUUUCAACAGUACUACGUUAUCGUCGAAAAUUCUCUUAAAGAAUAUUCUAAAUCAUGCGUGGAUGUGAUUGCAGCUGCUAACAAACAAUUUCAUAUAAUGUUACGUCAUCCGAUAGGUCAACAAGGUCUUGUUAAAAAAUUCAACCUGUGUGAUCCGAUAGAUCCUGGAUAUACAAAACGCGUAGAUAUUUCGAAUUUAUACGAAACUAUAGCAAGUAAUUUUGCGGGUAUUGUUCAAUACAAUAAAGAUAAUCGUAACAAUUCAAAAAUGGCUAAUUUGACCGUCGACGAUACAUGUAAAAUUCUUAUAAACGAAACGAUAGGUGCACCCAUCGAUAGACUAGCUCAUAUAAAUAAUUUGAUACUAAAUGCGAGCAAAGAAAAAUGUUUGGAUUUUAGAUAUGAAAAUAUGCUUCACGAGUUAAAGAAUGUAACGUGGAGUUCUGAAGCAGGGGAAGGAGGUCGGCAAUGGGUUUAUCAAACCUGUACGGAAUUUGGAUUUUUCCAGACGUCUACCGCACGUCCAACUUUAUUUAGCGACACGUUUCCGGUCGAAUAUUUCAUCCAACAGUGCAUCGAUAUUUUUGGUCCUAGAUAUAACUUAGAUUUACUUAAUAAUGCAGUAAAGCGAACUAAUACUCUAUAUGGAGCACUGCAGUUAAAAGUAAACAAUGUAGUAUUUGUACAUGGAUCUGUUGAUCCGUGGCAUGCGCUAGGUAUUACAACAUCAUUAGGUCCUGAGGCUACCGCUAUUUUUAUCAACGGUACUGCGCAUUGCGCCAACAUGUAUCCACCCUCGGAACAUGACCUGCCUGAGUUAAAAGCAACCAGAGCACGAGUUGGAGAAUUAAUUGGUCAAUGGUUAAAAAGCUAAGUUUACUUUAAUUGUAAUUAUUUUAAAUGUGAUUAUAGGGAGUAAGUCUGAACAAUAUAUUUUCAAACAAAGUCAUAUAAUCUUUCAUUUGUAUCCGCUUGUUACGAUAUAUAAUAUAUUUUUUUUUUAUAUUUACAUAUAUCAUUGAAUAAUAAAAUGUUGAUGUAAAAUAGAAUCUCAAAGAUGAUGCAUAAA